UAAUGAAUAUGGAAGAGAAAAUGGCGAAAUGGAAAUACACGUAAUUGCUAUAUUUUUUCUGAAUCUAAACGAACCUGGAGAAUGGAGUCUCCUUCUCCUCCAUUAUUUUCCAACAAGCAAUUCACACAACAACAACGACAACAACAACUCCAUCAUUUUCUCUUCAGUUCCUCUCCUUCUUCUUCUACUCUGUUUUUCCAUAUAAUUCUCUUCCUCAUCACCUCCAUUUCUCCCCACUUUCCCUCCGUUUUCUCUCCCUCCUAAUUCUUUUCCCUUUCACAUUUUUUCCACUCUUUUUUUUUUUAUUUUUUUAUAGUUUUCUUUUUUUUAUUCCUCUUUCAAAUUUAAGUGAUCUUUGACAUUGAUUUUUUUUUUUCUCAAACAAAAAAUUAUCAGCGAAAUUCGAUUUUUUUUUUAAUUAUUAUUUUGCUGAUUUUCAUUUUAUUAACCUGUAGAUUGCCUGAUAACCUUUCAGUUUUCCUGUUCAGAAUGUAUAAAAGUUUGAGAUUCGGAAUAUAAACUUGUAGAUUGCAUUCCGUUUCUCUUUAUUGUUUAUUUUCCCUGGAAAAUCUCUGUUUGGGAAAAUUCAAAAUUGAAAUUUUGGAGAUCUUCCAGUUAUAUGAUUCAUGCGGUAACAACAGCGUUUUUUGGAUUACGAUUGAGGGUUUCUAAAUCGGGCAUUGAAUGUGAAAGCAAGGUGAAGGGAAAAAAGAAGAAGCUUAGGUUUGGUUCUAUUCUCCGAUUAGAACCGCAAUAGCGAAGGAAAGUGAUUUAAUCUACCUUACCCUCUCUUAAUGGGAUUGACGAAGAUCGUUUUGGAUGUUGGAAUUCAUAAAACGCAGUGUAUAAGAACCUGAAAAAAGAAAGUUGGUGUUUUUCUUUGAUGGGGAAUUCAUGUGUAGGACCAAAUCUCGGUGCAAAUGGAUUUCUGCAAUCUGUUACGGCCGCAGUUUGGAGAACCAGACCACCAGAGGAUAGGCUUCCACCUCCUAACCCAGAAAGCAGUGAAAAAACUGACAAGAAUGUUGGUGGUCCCGAUUCUUCUAAAGCUCCUGAAGAUCCUAAAAGGCCUUCUGAUUCUGAUCCUAAACCUUCUGAUAAUGCUCCUCCAAUGCCGGUUCAAAGCACACCCCCUGAAACUGUGAAAAUUACUCCUAAAGAUCAUGAACCACGCAACCAACAACAGGUGGUGGUGGAACCUGAAAAACCCAUUAAGCCGGAGGUCAAAACAGAGGUAAAAGAGGAAGGGCCUAAGCCUACUGAUGAUGGGAAACCCCGAAAACCUUCCCAUGUAAAGAGGCUUUCAAGUGCAGGUCUCCAAAUGGAAUCAGUUUUAGGAAGAAAAACAGGGAACAUUAAGGAAAUUUAUAGUUUGGGUAGGAAACUUGGGCAAGGACAAUUUGGGACUACGUUUUUCUGCAUCGAGAAGGGAACUGGGAAAGAGUUCGCUUGCAAAUCGAUUGCAAAGAGGAAAUUGACGACGGAAGAGGAUGUUGAGGAUGUUAGAAGGGAGAUUCAGAUAAUGCACCAUUUGGCUGGUCACCCAAAUGUGAUACAAAUUGUGGGUGCUUAUGAGGAUGCUGUGGCUGUACAUGUUGUUAUGGAACUUUGUGCGGGUGGUGAGCUUUUUGAUAGAAUUAUACAAAGAGGGCAUUAUACAGAGAGAAAGGCUGCUCAGCUUGCUAGGGUUAUAGUUGGUGUUGUUGAAGCUUGCCAUUCUCUGGGUGUUAUGCAUAGAGAUUUGAAGCCUGAGAAUUUUCUAUUUGUUAACCAGGAUGAGGAAGCGCCACUUAAAACAAUUGACUUUGGGCUCUCAGUGUUCUUCAGACCUGGAGAAACUUUCACUGAUGUUGUUGGAAGUCCUUACUAUGUAGCCCCAGAAGUACUGCGGAAGCAUUAUGGUCCAGAAUGUGAUGUGUGGAGUGCAGGGGUUAUCAUUUAUAUUUUACUUAGUGGAGUGCCACCAUUCUGGGAUGAAACCGAGCAAGGAAUAUUUGAGCAGGUUUUAAAAGGUGACCUUGAUUUUGCAUCUGAACCAUGGCCUAGUAUAUCCGAGGGUGCAAAGGAUUUGGUUCGAAGAAUGCUUGUAAGGGACCCUAAAAAACGUCUAACAGCCCAUGAAGUACUUUGCCACCCAUGGGUUCAAGUAGACGGUGUUGCUCCUGAUAAGCCUCUUGACUCUGCUGUUUUGACUCGUUUGAAGCAAUUCUCAGCCAUGAACAAGCUAAAGAAAAUAGCCAUCAGGGUAAUUGCGGAAAGCCUGUCUGAAGAGGAAAUUGCAGGGCUUAAAGAAAUGUUCAAGAUGAUAGACGCAGAUAACAGUGGACAGAUUACUCUUGAAGAAUUGAAGAAUGGUUUGGAAAGAGUGGGUGCUAAUCUCAAGGAUUCUGAAAUUCUUAAUUUAAUGCAAGCGGCAGAUGUUGAUAAUAGCGGUACCAUAGACUAUGGCGAGUUCGUAGCAGCGAUGCUCCAUCUGAACAAGGUCCAGAAAGAGGAUCAUCUUUAUGCAGCUUUCUCAUACUUUGACAAAGAUGGAAGUGGUUAUAUAACUCGAGAUGAGCUCCAACAGGGCUGUGAACAGUUUGGUUUGGAAGAUGUUUACUUAGACGAUAUCAUACGCGAGGUUGACCAGGAUAAUGAUGGACGUAUUGAUUAUAGUGAGUUUGUGGCAAUGAUGCAAGACACUGCUUUAGCCGCAAAAGGUUUACAUAAUACCAAGAGCAUUGCAUUUAGGGAAGCCACUAAGCAAUAGUACCUGAUCCUCAUAAACAGUUUGAUAGUUCAUAUGUAACUAAUAUAUAUAUAUAUAUAUAUAAAUAUUUUCUUAUUUAUAUUAUAACUUUUAUAGAAAUGCAUACCGAUGUAUAAAUCAGCCAGGCUUUGGAGAGAGGGAGAGAGUGAAUGUACUAUUCCUUUUUAGUGUUCAUUAACUUCUUGUAUUUAAUUUACCAUUCUUUUUUUUUUUUUUUUUUCCUCUUUAGAUGAU